UUGAGCCGAGAGCUAACGGAGCUGUAGCUGAGUUCGGUGGCAGCGUGUGGUCCUUUCCACGUCGUCCUUUCCGUAAGUGGUUCGCUGAGGCCGCGCGUGGGUGAGCUCUGCGAGCUCUGCGCUUGAGAGUUCGGUAAGAAGCGCGUGCCCGCGGCGCGCACCCAGAGGCCCCGCGUGUCGGCUCUGGAGCUUCAGGCUCCUGGAGGUCGUCGGUCCGGUCGUCAGGGCAGUAAGCGCUGGCUGGCGCCGCCCGCGGUGGAAUUCUUUGGAGAUCACGCCUUGUCAGCUUGAGGAGGAAGCUCGGCGGCGUGUCGCCUGCGUUGUCGCAACCCGGUCACGCCUCCACCCAGGUCGAGCGGUUCUGUCGGUGCCUCAGCUCCUCAGGAGAGAUGAAGAAAACCCUGCAGGAUGAGAUCGAAGCCAUUCUUAGGAAGAGGAUUAUGGUGCUGGAUGGUGGAAUGGGGACCAUGAUCCAGCGGUACAAACUAAGUGAAGAAAGUUUCCGAGGUCAAGAGUUUAAAGAUCACACCAGGCCACUGAAAGGCAACAAUGACAUCUUAAGUAUAACCCAACCUCAUGUUAUUUGCCAGAUUCAUAAGGAAUACUUGCUGGCCGGAGCAGAUAUCAUUGAAACAAACACUUUCAGCAGCUCUAGUAUUGCCCAAGCCGACUAUGGCCUUGAACACUUGGCCUACCGGAUGAACAAGUGCUCUGCAGAUGUGGCCAGAAGAGCCGCUGAGGAGAUAACUCUGCAGACAGGAAUCAAGAGGUUUGUGGCUGGUGCUCUGGGUCCAACUAAUAAGACACUUUCUGUCUCCCCAUCGGUGGAAAGGCCAGAUUACAGGAACAUCACAUUUGAUGAGCUUGUUGAAGCAUACGAGGAACAGGCCAAAGGACUGCUGGAUGGUGGUGUUGAUAUCUUACUCAUUGAGACUAUUUUUGAUACAGCCAAUGCCAAAGCAGCCUUGUUUGCACUCCAGAAACUCUUCGAAGAGAAUUACGCUCCUCCCCGGCCCAUCUUUAUUUCUGGGACCAUUGUUGAUAAAAGUGGACGGACUCUUUCUGGCCAGACAGGAGAGGCAUUUGUCAUCAGCGUGUCUCAUUCAGACCCACUGUGCAUUGGAUUAAAUUGUGCUCUGGGUGCCGCUGAAAUGAGGCCUUUCAUUGAAACAAUUGGGAAGUGUACAACAGCCUAUGUCCUCUGUUACCCAAAUGCAGGUCUUCCCAAUACUUUUGGUGACUAUGAUGAAACACCAUCCAUGAUGGCCAAUCACCUAAAGGACUUUGCCAUGGAUGGCUUGGUGAAUAUAGUUGGUGGCUGCUGUGGUUCGACACCUGAUCAUAUCAGGGAAAUUGCUGAAGCUGUGAAGACGUGUAAGCCUAGAGUUCCACCUGCUAGUGUUUUUGAAGGACAUAUGUUACUAUCCGGUCUAGAGCCCUUCAGGAUUGGACCAUACACCAACUUUGUCAACAUUGGAGAGCGCUGUAAUGUGGCAGGAUCUAAGAAGUUUGCUAAACUCAUCAUGGCAGGAAACUAUGACGAAGCCCUGAGCAUUGCCAAAGUACAGGUGGAAAUGGGCGCUCAGGUGCUAGAUAUCAACAUGGACGAUGGCAUGCUGGAUGGUCCCAGUGCAAUGACCAGAUUUUGCAACUUUAUUGCUUCUGAGCCUGACAUCGCCAAGGUGCCACUGUGCAUUGACUCUUCCAAUUUUGCUGUGAUUGAAGCUGGCUUGAAGUGCUGCCAAGGGAAGUGUAUAGUCAAUAGCAUCAGUCUGAAGGAGGGGGAGGAGGACUUCUUGGAGAAGGCUCGGAAGAUUAAGAAGUUUGGAGCUGCUGUGGUCGUUAUGGCUUUUGAUGAGGAAGGACAGGCAACAGAAACAGAUGUUAAAAUCAGUGUGUGUACCCGAGCCUACCAUCUACUUGUGGAAAAUCUGGGCUUCAAUCCAAAUGACAUCAUCUUUGACCCCAACAUUCUUACCAUUGGUACUGGAAUGGAAGAACAUAACUUGUAUGCUAUCAAUUUUAUUCAUGCAACAAGAGUCAUUAAAGAAACAUUACCAGGAGUCAGAAUAAGUGGAGGUCUUUCUAACUUGUCCUUCUCCUUCCGAGGGAUGGAAGCCAUUCGAGAAGCAAUGCAUGGUGUUUUUCUUUACCAUGCCAUCAAGUUUGGUAUGGACAUGGGCAUAGUCAAUGCUGGCAACCUUCCUGUGUAUGAUGAUAUCCAAAAGGACCUUCUUCAGCUCUGUGAAGACCUCAUCUGGAACAGAGACUCUGAGGCUACCGAGAAACUCUUACGAUAUGCACAGACUCAUGGCAAAGGAGGGAAGAAAGUCAUCCAGACAGAUGAGUGGAGGAAUGGUUCCAUUGAAGAGCGUCUUGAGUAUGCUCUCGUGAAGGGCAUUGAAAAGCACAUUGUUGAAGAUACUGAAGAAGCCAGGUUAAACCAGGAAAAAUACCCCCGACCUCUGAAUAUAAUUGAAGGGCCUCUAAUGAAUGGCAUGAAAGUGGUUGGUGAUCUUUUCGGAGCUGGAAAAAUGUUUCUACCUCAGGUUAUAAAGUCAGCCCGUGUCAUGAAGAAGGCUGUUGGACACCUUAUCCCUUUCAUGGAAAAAGAAAGAGAAGAAGCCAGAGUGCUUAAUGGUUCAGUUGAAGAAGAGGACCCUUACCAAGGCACCAUUGUGCUGGCCACUGUUAAAGGUGAUGUACAUGACAUAGGCAAGAACAUAGUUGGUGUGGUGCUGGGCUGUAAUAAUUUCCGAGUUAUUGAUUUAGGAGUCAUGACUCCCUGUGAUAAGAUACUUCAAGCUGCUCUUGACCACAAAGCAGAUAUAAUUGGCCUGUCAGGACUUAUCACUCCAUCCCUGGAUGAAAUGAUUUUUGUUGCCAAGGAAAUGGAGAGGUUGGCUAUAAAGAUUCCUUUGUUGAUAGGAGGAGCAACCACUUCAAGAACCCACACAGCAGUUAAAAUAGCACCACGAUACAGUGCGCCUGUAAUCCAUGUCCUAGAUGCAUCCAAGAGUGUGGUGGUGUGUUCUCAGCUGUUAGAUGAAACUCUGAAAGAUGACUAUGUUGAAGAAAUACUGGAAGAAUAUGAAGAUAUUAGACAGGACCACUAUGAGUCUCUCAAGGAGAGAAAAUACUUACCCCUAAGUCAAGCCAGAAAAAAUGGUUUCCACAUUGAUUGGCUGUCUGAACCUCACCCAGCGAAGCCCACGUUUAUUGGGAGUCGGGUCUUUGAAGACUACAGCCUGCAGAAGCUGGUGGACUACAUUGACUGGAAGCCUUUCUUUGAUGUCUGGCAGCUCCGGGGCAAAUACCCAAAUCGAGGCUUUCCCAAGAUAUUUAACGACAAAACAGUAGGCAGAGAAGCCAGAAAGGUGUAUGAUGAUGCUCAAAAUAUGCUGAACAUACUGAUAAGUCAAAAGAAACUCCAGGCCAGGGGUGUGGUUGGAUUCUGGCCAGCACAGAGUGUCCAAGAUGACAUCCACUUGUAUGCAGAAGGUGUGGUGCCCCAGGCUUCAGAACCCAUAGCCACCUUCUAUGGGCUGAGGCAGCAGGCUGAGAAGGACUCUUCCAGUAUAGACCCCUACCACUGCCUCUCAGACUUCAUUGCUCCCCUGCAUUCUGGUGUCCGCGACUACUUGGGUCUGUUUGCUGUUGCCUGCUUUGGGGUUGAAGAGCUGAGUAAGGCCUACGAGGAUGAUGGUGAUGACUACAGCAGCAUCAUGGUGAAGGCCCUGGGGGACCGGCUGGCAGAGGCCUUUGCAGAGGAGCUGCAUGAGAGAGUUCGCCGAGAACUGUGGGCUUACUGUAGUAGUGAGCAGUUGGGUGUCACAGACUUGCGCAAACUCCGGUAUGAGGGCAUCCGACCAGCUCCCGGUUACCCCAGCCAGCCUGACCAUACUGAGAAGCUCACCAUGUGGAGACUGGCCAACAUUGAACAGGCCACAGGCAUCAAGUUGACAGAAUCCUUGGCAAUGGCGCCUGCUUCAGCAGUAUCAGGCCUCUACUUCUCCAAUGUAAAGUCCAAAUAUUUUGCUGUGGGGAAAGUUUCCAAGGAUCAGGUUGAGGAUUAUGCUUUGAGGAAGAGCAUGCCUGUGGCUGAGGUGGAGAAGUGGCUUGGCCCCAUUCUGGGAUAUGAUACAGACUGACUUCUUUCCCUCUCACACUCCUUUUUUCUUUCUCAUUUUUUCUUUAAAACCUUAUGUUUGCUGACCUCAAGGGAGUACCAUCCAGAGUGCCUUAGAAAUAACCACAAAAAGCACCUGUGUACCUGCCUGGCUAGUGUUGGAAGGCUGGUUGGUGGCAUGUGAUGUAGAGCAGGUCUUCUGGGGUCCUAGAAAAUGAGUAACUUUUUCAGGGACCUUACUUGAGGAGCAACAAGGUGCUGAGGCUCCUGGUGUCCCUGGGUCCUUAGAUGGAGCAGGCAGAAGGCAUCUUUUGCAGCUUGUUCCUGUUUUGUUGUUCUUACUGUUUUUAUUGUUUUUCUCACAUUAAAAAAAAAAGAUCCUGAAAAUAAGUUGAAUAGGGGGAUGCGUAGAGACCUGUAACAGGGAAGCCAAGUGCCACCGUGAAAAAUGUGACAUUUCAAUCUAAGUGGUUUCAACAGUAGACUCGGAUGGAGAGGAAGGUAGUCCUCUCUCUUCUCCUGCAAGACCUCAUUUUCUGGGGCUCCACUAAAUGACUGUAGAACUCUUUGGUAGAGGCAGCGCACUGCUUGCUGGAACAGAAAUACUGGGACUGUUUGCCCUGGUAUGCUGGUGUGGCUGCGCACCUGACUCCAAACUCACGUGCUCUGGAGAUGCCACAUUGGCUUGUUCUUUUUUACUUCUGGAGACACUGUUCAGGGCAUUGGGCUGUGAAAGCACAGACUCCAACUUCAACUCUGCAGUGUAACUUCCAUGUGCUUAGUCCUUCCAACACUGUCUGCUCAUCUAUACAUUGAGAACAGUGAUAGGAAUUUCUGUCUCGCUGGGGUGAGGCUUCGACGGGAGUGUGCAUGGAGACAGUUCAGAUACACACAGAUGUCUCAUGGAGGUCCUGUAGAUCUCUGUAGUCUUAGCACUGUAGGUACUCAGGAGAAGAGCAAGAGGUUAAUGGAGGAGGUAGAGUAGGGAAAUGUGUUUGGGGAUGUGACUGUGGGGGAAUCUCCUUCUAGGAUUAGAACCCCAACUUUAAAUUUUCACCAACUGAGAGAGAAACCACUGCCAUCAGGACUCAUCUUCCGUGAGAGACUCCUCCCUUACCUCAUAUGUUGCCCCAAAGCACUUAACACCAAACACAUCCUCUGGUAUAUUGGAGGCGAAAAGAAGAAAAUGGCAGUUGGGUAAUGAUGAUCCUGCGUAUCUGUAAUCUUUCCAAGUUUAUUUUCAAAGUAGUAUAUUUUUUUAUAUCUUCUUUUAUACUUGCCCUCAGAGUGAAAAGAAUUGUCUUCUUUUUUAAAGUGUGUUUAACAUGUACUAGAAUGUAAAUGGGACUCAUUAGUUUGAGCCACUUAGUUUCGGGACAUACUUUUGUAGCAGGUAUAUUCUUUAGGCUUUGGGACAUUCGUCUGUGAGAAAGAAUAACCUCGAGAUAUUUUAAUGUAUUUCAACUGAAGAAUUACUAGCAGUCUAUUUAUCUCAUUGCCAUUUUUUGGUGCUGGCUUCCUUGAAUAUGUCUUUGAUCUAAUCCAUGAUGUAUGUUGUAGUUGUUUUCCUCGUUUUUUGCAAGUUGGGCUGUGUAGAUACUCACUAAGGGAUGUAAAUGAUAACUUGAAAGCACCCUUCUUAGUUGAUUUUAGGUAUUCCAAAGAAGCUGGACUCCAAAGGCGAACAUUCUAAACUGGGCUCUUGUGUGCAUGAUUGAGUGCACUCAGCGUGUUCCCUCGCCAUUGGCACCUGAGACUCUGACAUGAACUGAUUUCACACUCAGAGCUUGCACAUUAUUCGGGCUGCAUGUUUAUUUCUUCACAGUUGAGAAUUGUCUGUAGCCAGAUGUGCCUGCCCUAUGCCUGUUAUCACAGCAUUUGGGAAGUGGAGGCAGGAGGAUUGGCGUGAGUCACAGGCCAUCCUGAGUAAAUAGACUGUCUUCAAAAACAAAAACAGGACCAGCGAGAUGGCUUAGUGAGCAAAUGCGCAGGCUGCCAAACCUGCCCUGAUCUGACCUCUGGGACUCACAUGGUAGAAGAAGAGACUGACCCCUGACCUCCACAUGCAGCUUGUGGCACACCACACAAUAGAUACAUGUUGGGGGAGGGGAAAGGGACUUGUCUCCAUUUUGCUGCUUGUUCUGCUGCCUGCUGUAGAGGCUGGGUUUUGUGGGGCAGUGGCUGGGGAUAGGCACAGUUUUGUUGUAACUAUUUCUCCUUUGAGCUGUUUUGCUGGUGGUUCACCUCCAUUCAUAAUGAACACACAUGGGAAUUACCCCCCCCCCCCCCCAGCUGAUGGUUUCAUACAUGUUCUCUUCACAUAUUUGGGCUUCUUUUGUGUAACCAGUUAUUUCUCUCCUCCUUGCACGUAGUGCAGUGAAGUUAAGGGAGGUAUGUUUCUCAUCUCUUAGCACUGAACACUUCUUAAUUAUUAGAUCUAGAGGCCUCCCCAGGGGAUUAUCUUCUCUGUGGUUUAGACAGUGUUGACUGCUCCAAAUUCUUACCCAUAUCCUCUCCCUUGAUGUAAUUCUUUUGUUAGCCUUCCUUAUUUAUGGCCAUUUCUCAACCAUUUUUUUUCCUUCUACCUGUUUAAAUUCUUAGAUUCUGUCAUUAGUUGCUUUCCCAGCCGGUUGUUUCAGAGGCUGAUGUCAUCUGUUCAGUACUCCAGGCUCCUCCAUCCUAAUUUUUGCUCCUUAAGAGGAAGGUUGCCACCUCAGUCCUGAAGGAGUACAUGAGGCAUCUGAUAGUGGAGUCUCCCAAACCUUGCUUCUGUGUGUCUCAUCUACUCUCCAUAUUCAGUAAUAAAGACCGGUUGGUGCUACUCAGUCAGCAGAUUGCAAGUUCACUCCAUACUGUCGUUCCCUAGGACAGUUUGCUCAAAAAUGUGUUGGUCUGCUGGUAGAAGUACUUAGGGAAGGCCCUGGUUGAUUCACAUUUUAGGACCUGAAGAGUAAAGAUGGAACAGCAGGGAAGGAACAGAUGAGGAACUGUGAAUAGAAACAUUAAAGGUUAUAAAGAUGCCCGAUCUUUCCAAAUUGAGCUAUGAAGUCAAGAUUUCCAACGGCAAUUCUAACCGAGGUCAUGUUGAAGACAAGCAGAUGACUAAUGUGGAAUUAGCAAAGGAUCAGAAGUGGUCAGAUGCUUACGCAAAUGAAGAAAGGUGUAGGGAACUUGUCUGAUAAUACACGAAGCUUUGGUGCAAAAAUGGCUUCAGGCAUUGCUACCAAAAGCUAAGGACUUCAGAUAAGCAAGUGAAUGAUGUAAGUGAGAAGACCCUUUUUUUUUUUUUUUU